GACAAGCUGUAGACCAGGCAGUUAUAUGUUUUUUCCCCCCCACAAAACCUCAGACCGAGGACCUGGUGACAGGCUUGGAUUGGACAGCGCGGUGACCAUGGCUCGGCUGGGUCCGGCUCCCAGGCUCCAGCACUGGCUGCUGCUGGUGCUGCUCCUCUCGGACGAGCCCGUGCCUGCAAUGUCAACAAGGGACCGGAUACAGAACCCUUCAGGAAGUGCUUGUUCCAGAAUCUGGCAGCAUCCACGGUUCGUGGCCAGGAAACGGGGCUCCGUGGUGAAGAUGUAUUGCCAUGCUGAUGGCUCCAGCAUCUCUGACGUGGUGACGUGGUUCCGGAAGCCAGAGAUGAAUAUGGACCCCCAGAUAGUGCUCCCAGAACAGGACCGCAUCAAGAUGUCCCCCAACGGCUCCAUCCACAUCCUCACCAUCCAAGGGGUGCAGUUUGAGGACAACGGCAUCUACUUCUGCAAGCAGGAGUGCACCAGGGGGAGCUCCACGAGGGAGUUCCUCGGCUGCGGCACGGAGCUGCGAGUCAUGGGGUUCAGCACCUUGGCACAGCUGAAGCGGCGGAACACACUGAAGGAUGGCAUCAUCAUGAUCCAGACCCUGCUCAUCAUCCUCUUCAUCAUCGUGCCCAUCUUCCUGUUGCUGGACAAGGAUGAGAGCAAGCCUGGGAUGGAGGAAGAUCACACCUAUGAGGGCCUGAACGUGGACCAGACCGCCACCUAUGAGGACAUAGUGACUCUACGGACAGGAGAGGUGAAGUGGUCUGUUGGAGAGCACCCAGGUCAGGAGUGAGGAAUCGGGCUCCUCACCCCGACACAGCUCCUGGGCCUCACUGCCUGCCUCAAAACUGCCUGGCUCGUGGCCCAUCCCUUCCUUCCGGAACCCCGCAGUUGGCCUCCGAAGUUGACCUGCCAGAGCUGCCUCCCUACCCAAUUCCUGAUUCCCAGCUCCUGCCAAAGGGCCUGGGGUCGAAGGACAACAGGGCAGUGACCUGGAACAAGGGAUUCUCUGGUGACAGACUGGACUCAGCCUUCCAGGGGUUCUGUGUGGGAUUUGUCCCCAUGUUUGGGACAGGAAAGGCUAGAUGAGACUUGUCAGAACCUGCAGAUGAACUCAAAGUUGAUGAACUACCUACAGAGCCUGGGAAGGGCCAGGACCCAAGUGGUCUGUGAGAACUUUGUUCCUCAUGCCAUCCUCUCCCAUCACUGAGGGCUCCUAGCCUGGAACCCAUUCUCCCAAUGGAAUAAACAUGUCUGACAACUA